AUGACUGUUAAAGAGAGAAAAAAAGUAGCGGAACUUUUGGAAAUGGAAGCGAAGAUUCAGAAGCUAUGGUCAGAUGCGAAAGUAUUUGAAAUGGAUGCUUCCAGUGACAAAUCUGAGCCCAAAUAUAUGGCAAACAUACCAUAUGCAUACAUGAAUGGUCGUCUUCAUUUAGGACAUUCUUUCACGAUAUCAAAAACCGAGUUCGCGAUAGGAUUUCAACGGCUGUUGGGAAAACGCUGUCUGUUUCCGUUUGGUUUACACUGCACUGGUAUGCCAAUCAAAGUCUGUGCGGAUAAAUUAAAGAGAGAAGUAGAAGAAUUCGGAUACCCACCAAAUUUUCCAGAUGAUGAUAAUGAUAGUAAAAUGCCAACCGAAGAGAACAGUGUUAUAGAGGAAAUUAUCAAAGAUAAAAGUAAAGGGAAAAAGAGUAAAGCUGUCGCAAAAACUGGAGGAGCGAAAUAUCAAUGGCAAAUUAUGAAAAUGCUGGGUUUAGAUGAUUCAGAAAUCAUCAAAUUUACAGACGCAAGCCAUUGGCUUGAUUAUUUCCCCCAACUUUGCAUUAGUGAUGUUCAGAAAAUGGGUCUCAAGAUUGAUUGGCGACGUACCUUUAUCACUACUGACCGCAAUCCUUACUAUGAUUCAUUUGUUUGCUGGCAAUUUCGGAAACUACGUGAAGCUAAAAAAAUCGAUUUUGGCAAGCGUUAUACAAUAUAUUCUCCAGGUGAUGGGCAACCAUGCAUGGAUCAUGAUCGAUUGGCUGGAGAGGGUGCUGGACCUCAAGAGUAUACACUUAUCAAAUUGAAGAUUCUUGAACCAUUACCAGAGUUCCUAGCAAAAAGUGAGAAAAAUGUUUUUUUGGUAGCUGCAACAUUGAGACCUGAAACAAUGUAUGGACAAACGAACUGUUUUAUUCAUCCGGAUAUUGAGUAUUGUGCUUUUUAUGCUGGCCAAAGAGAAACUGAAGUUUUUGUAGCAACAAAAAGAGCAGCAAGGAAUAUGAGUUAUCAGGAAAUGACUGCUGAAAAUGGAAAAAUACGAUUUGUUGAUGGUGCUGAAAAGAUAUUGGGCAAACAAUUGCUUGGUUUGGCAUUAAAAAGUCCUCUAACGAAAUAUGAUCGUAUCUACUCAUUACCUAUGCUUACGAUCAAGGACGAUAAAGGCACCGGUAUUGUGACCAGUGUACCGUCUGAUUCGCCGGAUGAUUAUGCGGCUUUAAUGGAUUUGAAGAGGAAAAAGCCGUUGCGAGAAAAAUUUGGUAUAAAAGAUGAAAUGGUGCUGCCAUAUGAGCCGAUUCCAGUUUUGAAGAUACCAGAAUAUGGAGAAAUGGCUGCCGUUUAUCUUUGUCAAAAAAUGAAGAUUGAAAGUCAAAAUGACCGAGACAAAUUAGCAGAAGCCAAGAAAGAAGUGUAUCUGAAAGGAUUUUAUGAUGGCGUGAUGGUGACUGGUAAAUACGCUGGACAAAAAACUGCAGAAGUAAAGAAGGAAAUUCGAGAGGAAUUGAUUACAUCCGGAGAGGCAACAUUGUUUGUUGAACCCGAAAAGAAAGUUGUAUCGCGUUCUGGUGAUGAAUGCGUUGUGGCUUUAUGUGAUCAAUGGUAUUUAAAUUAUGGUGAUGAAGAAUGGAAGAAGGAAGCGAAAAAAGCUUUGGCUCAACUGAAUACAUAUACAGAAGAUGUUCGAAAAAAUUUGGAUGCGACGAUUGACUGGUUGCAUGAGCAUGCUUGCUGUCGAUCAUAUGGUUUAGGUUCAAGAUUGCCAUGGGAUCCUCAGUAUCUUAUUGAAUCACUUUCUGAUUCAACAAUAUAUAACGCCUACUAUACAGUGGCACAUCUUCUACAAGGUGGUACUAUUGAUGGAAGCGUUAUUGGUCCGGCUGGAAUCAAAGCAUCGGAUAUGGUUGAUGAUUGCUGGGAUUACAUAUUCUUAAAUAAGCCUUACAAUGCGAAGACAAUGCCGGUCCAAGAAUCACAAUUAGCUCUAUGCAGAAAAGAAUUUCUUUAUUGGUACCCGGUUGAUAUGCGUGCUUCCGGUAAAGAUCUUCUACAGAAUCACCUUACGUAUUACUUGUUUAACCACGUUGCCAUCUGGAAAGAUCAACCUGAAUUGUGGCCUAGAAGCAUACGAGCAAAUGGACAUCUGUUACUAAAUAAUGAAAAGAUGUCCAAACAAACAGGCAAUUUUCUAACUCUUAGCGAAACUGUGGGAUUGUUCUCGGCUGAUGGAAUGCGUAUUUCUUUGGCGGACGCAGGAGAUUACGUGGAAGAUGCAAAUUUUGUUUAUGAUAUGGCUGAUGCAGCAGUACUGCGUUUAUACAAUCUUCUUGUAUGGUCACGUGAAAUGGUUGCUUUACGAGAACAGAACAUCUUGCGCAGUGGACAGAAACUUACUUUUGCUGAUCAGGUUUUCGACAAUGAAAUGAAUAGCGCAAUUCAAAAAACAUUUGAUAGCUAUGAGCAAACGCUUUUCAAGGAAGCUUUAAAACACGGAUUUUUUGAAUAUCAGGGUUAUCGUGACAAAUAUCGCGAGCAUUGUGGAGGCGAUACUGAAAUGCAUGUUGAUAUGGUUUUCAAAUGGAUUGAAACACAAGCAAUUAUUUUAUCACCAAUUUGCCCUCAUGUAUCUGAGCAGAUAUGGCAGAUUUUAGGAAAGGAUGGCUUUAUUGUGUGUGCAAAAUGGCCUAUCAUCCCACCUGCUGAUGAUCUGAUAACAAAAAAAGCCGAAUUCAUGGAUGAUACAAUCAGAGAUUUCCGAUUACGUUUGAAAAAUCACAUGAAUUUGAAACAAAAAAGGGUAAAGAUACAAAUCCGCCGUCGGAAGCAAUAAUAUACUUUGCAGAAGAAUAUCCAUCUUGGCAAAAGGAAGUGCUUGGCUUAUUGAAUCAAUGUUAUCAGGAAGGCAAUGGUGAAUUACCGGAUAACAAAGAGAUAUCUCGUCGCUUAGGUGCAAUAGAGAGUUUAAAGAAGUUUAUGAAAAAAACGAUGCCUUUCGUUCAACUGAUACGUGAAAACUUAGCAAUACACGGUGAAUCAGCCCUGGAUAUUGCUUGUAGAUUUGAUCAGAAAGAAGUUUUGGAGCAGAAUUUGGAUUACAUAUUAUCAGCUUUGGAUCUGGAAAGUGUUACCAUUACUGAUGUAAGAGGAGUAGUGCCAGCAAAUGUAGUAGAAAUGACUUGUCCUGGAAAGCCGAUCAUAAUGUAUAAAGAACAGGAACCUGGUAUUACCAUUACAUUUCGAAAUGUAGAUCCUUGUUCUGGUCUGUUUGAUAUUGAAAUACCAAUUAUAAAUGGCGAUACUGUAGCAAUCAUUAUUCGGCGUUUGAAGAGAGUUUCAAAAGAUCUUAAACCUAAACAAACUGUUUCUUUGUGGCGAUAUUUGGAUCCCUUAGGUGGCGAUAGGAAGUUGAUACGAUCAAAAAAUUCGUUAGAAAAUAACGAACGAAUUCCUGAUUCUGCACAAUUCAAAGUGGAUAUUCAGAGUGGAAAAAUUUAUCUGCAGAAUAACGGCAACAAAUUUUAUUUGGGCAACACAAUAGUAUAUAGGAGUUCCAAUUGA